UCAGUGCAAAACGCUACUGAUUGCUUUUUUUUUAUUUUAUUCGAUGCAUUUCUGCUGGGUUUCCUUUGGACAACAAGACGUUUUGCAUGCAUGUUUUGCCUGGAUACCAUUGCUAGCACGGCGUUUUGGGGCAUGGUUUUGGGACAGAUUGCAUUUGUGGGGAAUCAUAAAAAGGGACGGGGCUUUUAUACAUGUAUAUAUAUUUACUUUAUAGUAUAUAUUAUAUCCUAUCCAUUCUGGCUGUAUGUCAUUUUGAUCUUGUCUGUGGCUCAUCGACUCAUCUCCUAA